AUGUCCUCCCAACACAUCUACGCCACCCCAGCCACCACAGCCGCCCCCGAGACUGUCAAGCUCACCACCCACAACCAAUACGUCACUCCCCGCCUCCUCGCUGGCGACCUCGACCCCAGCCCCCUCUUGCAGUUCAACUCCUGGUUCGCCUCUGUUCUGAACCCUACAGAGUCAGAGGCGGCGGGCGGGCGAAAGGUGCAUGAGCCGGAAGCUAUGACGCUGUCUACGGCGACUGCGCGGGGUAUCCCUUCGUCCAGAGUCGUCUUGCUCAAGACGGUGGACAAGACUGGGUUUGUGUUCUUUACGAACUACAAUUCUCGUAAAUCGCAAGAACUCAUUGCGAACCCUUACGCCUCGCUUGCGUUCUAUUGGCGAGAAGUAUCCCGACAAGUGCGGGUAGUAGGCAAGGUGGAGAAGGUUAGCAGGGAAGAGAGUGUGGAGUAUUACAAUACGAGGCCGAGAGGGAGCAGGCUGGGAGCCUGGGCGAGCGAGCAAAGUAAACCAGUACAAGAGGGAGAGCUGGAGAAGAAGGUGAAGAUGCAGGAGCAAAAGUGGGAAGGCAAGGAAGUGGAUUGUCCAGAGUUCUGGGGUGGAUGGAGGAUUGUGCCGUUCGAGGUCGAGUUCUGGUCUGGCCAGCCGUCAAGGCUGCAUGACCGAUUCAAGUACACCCGCGCAGAGGGUAGCAGCGGAGAGUGGAAGAUUGAGAAAUUGUCGCCAUAA